GCGACUGCGCGCUCAGGAGGCUGUGUGCGAGCCCGGCCCCUGGGGACCCCGCCAGCCGAACACCCCUCACGCCAUCUUCCCGGGUUCGCGCCCCGGCUCCGCUCUGGCCGCCCGACCGCUUCCGGACUCCCAGUAGGGAGGAGCCCGAGCCUCGAGCACAGGACGGUGAUCAGUCCCCUCCGCCUCGCUCCACUGCUCACACUGGGCCUGUCCCUCACCAGGAAUGCUGUGGGAUCAGGACCCGCCCCUCUAGCAGGGACCUCCCCAGGGCCAGCCCUGCACCGGUGGCCCUUAGCCUGUACACCCCAGCUGCCUUCUGCCCCCGUGCCUUCACCUUCUCAUGACCCUGCCCCACUGUGGCUGACACUGUCUCGGGGGUGGCCUGCCUCCUACGGCUGUGAAACACAGGCUGGGCAGAGGCCUCCUGGGUAAGUGACCUGAACCAUCCCCGACUAGCCUUGGGGAUCGGUCCCAACCCACGGGACCACAGACCCAGACAGACAGGCAGAAGCCGAUAGGAUCUCCAGGAAGCAGCGCACUGCCGGGGGCCAGCCAGGCGCCACUGCUGCCGCCCUGGCCCGCCAGCACAGCCCUGCUGCUGCUCAACUGCCCAGGCUCCCGACCUGGCUGGCCUAGUUUCACUCGGUUGACAUGAUAACAGGUUGGUGGCCGCCCAGGUUGAGAAGUAGAAGAAAGCCAACCUCCUCCUCUUGCUGGGAGGAGCCCCGCCCCACAAGCAGCCCCACUGGAGUUCCAGGUUCCUGUUGGGGUGCAUGUGGGAGUGGGGAGGGCCCUGGUCUCCCUGUAGAGGUGACACAGCAUCUCCCAAAGCUCCAUUUCUUGGACUGCCACGGAGAGCUUCAGCCAGCAUGGAGCCCUGCCUCUGCCCCUCCUGUGCUCCCUUCCAGCACCUUCCCCGGGGAGUGGACACCUGCACCACACCACAGCCCCCGUCUCACUGCACUCAGCAGGAGGAGCUGUGCUGGCUCAGACAGCUGCAGCGGACCCAGCCCUGCUCAUGGACCCUUUGGAGGACCAGCAGAAGGCACCAGCAGUGUCGCCCUCCUAGGAUACAGCAGCUUUGGGCUGGAGCUAUGGUGUGGAGGCAGGGCCAAGGCAGCUCCCGGCAGUGGCCUGGCUUGCUCAUGAUCACAGCCCUGCUGCUCAGCAGCCUGCCGUGGGGAGCCCAAGGAACGGCUAUCACCAACCUCAGUGUGGAUUGGAGCCAGGCUGUGCCAUUCAGUGGGGGGCCCUACCUGAGCAUCGGAGAUGGCUCCGUCAUGGAGUUCGAGUUCCCCGAGGAGAGCGAGGGCAUCAUCGUGAUCUCCUGCAGGUACGCGGGCCCCAACAUCACAGGACCCGGCCCCACACUGAAAGUCCUCUCCCUGGACACAGAGGUGCUAAGCGUCCGGAACGUGAGUGCCAUGAGCUGGGCCAACGGGGGCAGCUUCUUGGUGAACAUUCGCUCAGGCCUGCCCGGGCUUGUUCCGCUGCACAUCCAGCUCCUGGACCUCCACCAGGCCCCGCCAAGGGUGAUCGAGGAACGGACUGAUUUCUUCAUCAAGGUCUCUCCUGCUGAAGACACCGUGACCGCCCUUGGCACCAGUGUGCUGCACUUCUCUGAGAACCCGGUCCUGUACCUGCUCCUACCUCUCAUCUUUGUCAACAAGUGUUCCUUCGGGUGCAAAGUGGAGCUGGACGUUCUCAAGCGGCUCCUGCAGAGCCCCCAGCCUGUGCUGCUGGGCCUCCUGGGCCAGUUCCUGAUCAUGCCCUUCUAUGCAUUCCUGAUGGCCAAGGUGUGUAUGCUGCCCAAGGCCCUGGCGCUAGGCCUCAUCAUCACCUGCUCAUCGCCCGGCGGCGGGGGGAGCUACCUCUUCAGUCUCUUCCUUGGAGGGGACGUCACCCUGGCCAUCUCUAUGACAUUCAUCUCCACGGUGGCAGCCACCGCAUUCCUGCCGCUGUCUUCAGCCAUUUACAGCCACCUGCUCAGCACCCAUGAGACACUGCACGUGCCCAUCUCCAAGAUCCUGGGGACCCUGCUGUUUAUCGCCAUCCCCAUUGCCACUGGCGUGCUCAUCAGGUCCAAGCUGCCCAAGUUCUCCCAGGUGCUACUGCAGCUCCUCAAGCCCUUCAGCUUUGUGCUGCUCCUCGGAGGCCUCUUCCUCGCCUACCGCACAGGCAUCUUCCUCCUGGCCGGUGUCCAGCUGCCCAUUGUGCUGCUGGGCCUCACGGUGCCUCUGGUUGGCCUCUUGGUGGGCUACUGCCUGGCCAUGUGCCUGAAGCUGCCGGUGGCCCAGCGGCGGACUGUCAGCAUUGAGGUGGGGAUGCAGAACAGCCUCCUGGCUUUGGCCAUGCUGCAACUGUCCCUGCGCCGCCUCCAGGCAGACUACGCCUCGCAGGCGCCCUUCAUUGUGGCUCUGAGUGGCACCUCGGAGAUGCUGGCCUGGGUCAUUGGCCACCUGGUCUAUAGCAGCCUGUUCCCAGUCCCCUGAGGCUGCCGGGUCAAGCUUUCACCCCAUGAGCCCCGCAGUCCACCCACUGUGUGCACAGUUCUUGUGUACCAAAGGCCUCUAGUUCUCACGCACUUUGCACUCGGAAGAUAUCCAGGCUUAUUUUUUUAUUAUUGGUUUUGUUUUCUCCAGCUUUCGGUGCCAAAGAGGUAAUGCUGAGUGAGCACGCUGGGCCCU